UUCAAGCCUCUUUGACAGCAGGAGGCUGAAAGAAGGACAGAAGUGGUUCUGGCUAUGAUGAGGCUCUUACUGGGCCUGCUGCUCCUGGGCCACCUAAUGGUGGUCACCCAUGGCAAUCCCAUCCUUGAAGCACCUGAGACUGUAACAGGGCCUUGGAAAGGAGAUGUGAAUAUUCCUUGCACCUAUAGUCCUCUGCAAGGCUACACCCAAGUCUUCGUGAGGUGGCUGGUAGAACGUGGCUCAGACCCAGUCACCAUCUUCCUACGUGACUCCUCUGGAGAUCAUAUUCAGCAAGCAAAGUACCGGGGCCGCAUACACAUUAACCAUGAGGUUCUAGGGGAUGUGUCCCUCCAACUGAAGACCCUGGAAAUGGAUGACAGGAGCCACUAUACUUGUGAAGUCACUUGGCAGACCCUUGAUGGCAACCAACUGGUGAGAGAUGAGAUCAUCGAGCUCCGUGUCCAGAAACUCCCUGUUUCCAAGCCCACAGUGACGACUGGCGGUGGCUAUGGCUUCACAGUGCUGCAGGGAAUGAGGACUAGCCUUCAAUGCCAGGCUCAUGGUUCUCCUCCCAUCAGUUAUGUUUGGUACAAGGAACAGACUGACAACCCAGAACCCAUCAAAGUAGCAACCUUGAGUACCUUACUCUUCAAGCCUGCAGUGCUGGCUGACACAGGCUCCUAUUUCUGUACUGCUAAGGGCCGGGUAGGCUAUGAACAGCGCAGUGAUAUUGUGAAGUUUGUGGUCAAAGACUCCUCAAAGCCAAACAAAACCAACACUGAGGCACCAACAACUAUGCAAUCUCCUUUGGAAAGAAAGGGCCUGCCUAUCUUUGCAGUCAUUAUCAUCAGUUUCCUUUGCUGUAUGGUGGUCUUCAUCACGGCUUAUGUCAUACUCUGCAGGAAGACAUCACAACAAGAUCACAUCUAUGAAGUGGCCAGGUUGCAUCCCAGUGAGGCCAAAAACUCUGGUGAAACCAUGAGGGUGGCCAUCUUCAAAAGCGGCUGCUCCAGCAAAGAACCAGCUACCCGGACUCUAGGCAAUGACUCCUCUGAUGAACCCUGCCUGGACCAGCAGUACCAGAUCAUCACCCAGAUAAAUGGUGACUACACUCGACUGCUACACACAGUUCCCCUAGAUUAUGAGCUCCUGACCAUCAAGGGCAAGAGUGUCUGUUAA